AUGGAUGCUAUAAUAAACCAAACCGGUGGUUUACAUUUCAUAGAUGCACCCGGUGGAACAGGAAAGACAUUUCUUAUUUCACUGAUCUUAGCCAGCGUCCGGUCUCAAGGUAAUAUUGCGUUAGCUAUUGCAUCUUCAGGAAUCGCCGCAACACUUUUGGAUGGUGGCAGAACUGCACACUAUGCACUGAAAUUACCAUUAAAAUGGCAAUUUUCUGAGGAUUACACAUGCAACAUCAGAAAGAAUUCAUCAAUGGGUAAAGUUUUACAAACGUGCAAAAUCAUAGUAUGGGAUGAAUGUACCAUGGCACUUAAAAAAUCUUUAGAAGCCCUCAACCGCACUUUACAGGAUUUGCGGAACACCAAUUUAUUUGGAGGUGCUCUUAUUCUACUAGCUGGAGAUUUUCGUCAAACUCUACCUGUCAUUCCGGAUUCAACACCAGAGGAUGAGCUGAAUGCAUGUUUAAAAUCUUCUUUCCUUUGGAGUCGUGUUAAAACGCUUAAAUUAACUACAAAUAUGCGUGUAGCUCUUCAAAACGAUACAUCAGCUUUACAAUUUUCUAAUCAAUUGCUAGAUUUAGGAAAUGGAAAAAUGCCAGUCAAUCCAGCAACAAAUUGCAUUACAUUUCCGCCCGACUUUUGUAAAAUGGCACAAUCUAUUGAAGAUCUUAUUAUUUCCAUAUUUCCAAAUAUUGACCGCAAUUUCAAAAAUACGCAAUGGUUAUGUGAACGUGCAUUAUUGGCUGCUAAAAAUGUUGACGUUAACUAUAUAAACAACAUUAUCCUGAAUAGAAUCGGUGGAAGUAUAAAAACAUAUAAUUCCAUCGAUACCGUAAUGGAGGAAAAUGAUGUCGUCAAUUAUCCAAUUGAAUUCCUAAAUUCACUCGAUCUUCCAGGUUUUCCACCAUAUGUGCUGCAAUUGGAAAUUGGUGUACCUAUCGUUUUAUUGCGAAACAUUGAUCCUCCAAAGCUAUGCAAUGGAACUCGACUUGCUGUGGAAAAAUUACACAAUAACAUAAUCGAAGCCACUAUCAUAACUGGAAAAUAUAAAGGCGAAAAC